UCAACAUUCCUUAACCAAAAUUUAUCUUACUUAGCCAAUAUUAGUACCAUAUUUUCCCUCAACAAUAGUACUUUCAGUAUGAAGAAUCAAGGAAGACUUGCACAAAAUUCAGAUGAAUGUGAAGCAAAAUAUAUCUACAUUCAAGAUCUUCCUAGCAAAUGCAACGAUGAUUUGCUCGAAAAAUGCGACACUCUUAACAAAUGGCUUAACAUGUGUGAGUACCUUACAAAUUCUGGUCUUGGACCGCGCCUAAAUUACUCUACUAGUUGGUAUGCAACAAACCAAUUCUCAUUAGAAGUCAUAUUUCAUAACAAAAUGAAGCAAUAUAGAUGUUUGACUAACAUCUCUUCCAAGGCAUCAGCUGUGUAUGUGCCCUUUUAUGCAGGGCUAGAUGUAGGGAGGUACUUAUGGGAUGAUGACGAUAUUAAGAUAAGAGAUAACGCGUCAAUUCAAUUAGUCGAAUAUCUAAAGGAAAAACCCGAGUGGAUAAAAAUGGGGGGACAUGAUCAUUUUUUAGUAGCUGGAAGAGUUUCAUGGGAUUUUAGAAGACAAACAGAUAGUGUAUCAGAUUGGGGAAACACUCUGUUCAACUUGCUAGAGGUUAAGAACAUGACUAGUUUAGUGAUCGAAUCGAGUCCAUGGAGCAACAUUGAUUUUGCCAUACCAUACUCAACUUAUUUUCAUCCUUCAAGUGAUGAUGAAAUAUAUGUUUGGCAAGAACAAAUGAGGCAAAAACAUAGGCCUAAUUUGUUUUCAUUUGUAGGUGCACCAAGAGUACAACUUCGAGAUUCUAUAAGGAAUGAGAUUAUCAAUCAAUGUUUAGGAUCAAAAGGUAAACAUUGUGAGUUCUUAAAAUGUGAUGGGAUUAUUAAGAAUUGUGAUGAGCCAAAAAAUGUAAUGAGAUUGUUUAAAAGAUCAGUGUUUUGUUUACAACCUCCAGGGGAUUCAUACACUAGAAGAUCAACAUUCGACUCGAUUUUAGGUGGGUGUAUACCGGUGUUUUUCCAUCCUGCUUCUGCUUAUGUGCAAUACUUGUGGCAUUUUCCUAAGAAUUACACAAGUUAUUCAGUGUUUAUACCAAUGGAAGAUGUAAAUAAAGGCGAUUUCGCCAUCGAAAAGAGGUUGCUAGAGAUUCCUAAGGAAAAGGUUGUAGCUAUGAGAGAAGAGGUGAUUAAGUUGAUUCCAAAGGUGAUAUAUGCAAAUCCUAGUUCUAAAUUAGAGAGGUUUGAAGAUGCAUUUGAUAUUGCAGUGAAGGGAGUUUUGAGCAGGAUAGAGGGGAUUAGGAUGGACAUGUUAAGAGGGAAUAAUAAUAAUAAUUCAAAUUUUGAGAGUUUUCCUGAAGAAUAUAGUUGGAAGUACAACUUUUUUGGGGGAUUGGAGAAUCUUGAGUGGGAUAGCUAUUUUUCAAGGGGAUAG